AGCUCUCCUCAUUUCACUAUCAAGUAAAACUUGCUAGUCUUUUGCAACUCUUAGCACUUCUUUGUGGCUGAGCUAUAGAGAGAGUGCUAGAGAUUUGAAAUUUCUUGCUAGAAACAUAAACAAAAAGAGAUGGCUUUUUCUGCAGAUCACUGGGCUUUUGCUUUUGGUGUCCUAGGUAACAUCGUCUCCUUCAUCGUGUUCCUUUCUCCAAUCCCCACAUUUUAUAAAGUUUACAAGAAGAAAUCAACGGAAGGGUAUCAAUCAAUUCCAUAUGUGGUUGCUCUCUUCAGUUCCAUGCUUUGGAUUUACUAUGCAUUUCUCAAGACAAACACUACCCUUAUCAUCACUAUAAACUCCUUUGAUGUCUUCAUUGAAAUUAUUUACGUUGGUUUCUACCUUUUCUACGCACCUAAAAUUGCCAGGGUCCAAACAAUAAAGAUGCUCCUAAUAUCAGUGGUGGGUGGCUUUGGUGUUAUUGUUCUGGGCACCCAAUUUCUAUUCAAAGGUGCUGCUCGUGGGCAAGCGAUUGGAUGGAUUUGCCUUGUGUUUUCCUUAUGUGUGUUUGUAGCACCCUUAGGCAUAGUGAGACAAGUAAUCAAAACAAAGAGUGUGGAAUACAUGCCAUUACUUCUGUCGGUUUUUCUCACCUUAAGUGCUGUCAUGUGGUUCUUUUAUGGUCUUCUCGUAAAAGACAUUAACAUUGCUAUUCCAAAUGUAUUGGGAUUCAUCCUAGGAAUUCUCCAAAUGGUGCUUUAUGUAAUUUACAAUAAAAAAGAGAAGACUAUCUUAAAGGAGCAGAAAAUUUCAGAGAUACGGAAGCCCGCAGUCAUUUCCUUGGAUGAGGAAAAUAAGAAGUUUCCAGAACUUACAGAGGAACAAAUAAUUGACAUAGUGAAGCUUGGUUCACUGAUUUCCUCGGGCAAAAUUCACGUGGCUUCGUGUCUGCAGGAUACUACAUGUGCAUCAGCUAAAGUUGAGAAUACUCCCAAGCUGCAAACUGUGGAAGUCUAAUUAGAAUUAAUUCCUUUGAUUUACUCUUUCCUAACUCCUAAUGUGUUUAUACACAAGUUAAUUCUUAGCUCACAGUUUAGUUUUAUAAGAGUAAUUACUAGUAGUAGUAGCUUUUCGAUCAUGUACUCAAAAGGGAAAAUUGUUCUCUUGAAAUAUAAAACGGCUGUCUGCCGAUAUUGAUUUUCU